CAACCCUCUCUUUGUUCAUACCAUCCAAAACCAGACUAGUAAUCAAAACAAAUCAAUCGUGUUUCAACAAUGGCUGGCAUUAAGAUCGUCUCCAUGCUCCUUGUAUGCAUGCUGGUGGCUGCACCCAUGGCUACAGAUGCGGCCAUGAAUUGUGGUAUAGUGAUCAACCUUUUGAGACCAUGUGUCGACUACCUUCGGGGCACCAAGCCUCUGCCACCGGCUUGCUGCAACGGCGUUCGGUCUCUAAACUCCCAGGCUAGUAAUACACGAGAUCGCCAAAUUGCUUGCGGUUGCUUGAAGUCCGCCGCUGGUGGCGUCAAUGCUAAUCUUGCCGGAGGUCUCCCCGGUAAGUGUGGUGUCAAUAUUCCUUACAAGAUCAGCCCCUCCACUGACUGCACCAAGAUCCGGUGAAUAUAUCACGUCGCGAUCAAUCGGAAUGGGGAGAAUCAUGUAGAAUUCAGUGUAAGUUAUUUUGAAUAAGAUGGGAGUCUCCCACUCGAGAGCGAGCCUCCUCUGUUGUACUCUGUUUUUGUGUCUGUGUUCAUCGUUCUGUGUGUCAGGUUCUUCUUUAUAUGUAAUGGGUCCGA